UUUCCUCUUCUCUCUUCCUUUCCUAGACCGUUUCCGCACGCCAGAAAACAUGGUGGAAGCUCGGGUCGGCUCCGGGAAGGUGACCCUCUUCUGCCAGGAAGCCCCUGGAGGAGUCACCUACCGCAUCCCGGCCUUACUGUACCUGCCCCACGGAUCCAUGUUUCUGGCCUUCGCGGAGAAGCGCUCGUCGUUCAAGGACGAAGACGCUGAAUUCCUGGUGAUGAGACGAGGGCGUAAGGAGGGAACGUCUGUCCAGUGGGGCCCUCCAGAGGCCCUGACGACCGCCAUUUUGCCCGGCCACCGUACCAUGAACCCUUGCCCCGUGUACGAGAGGAAGAGCGGUAAAGUUUUCCUGUUCUUUAUCUGCGUCCAGAGCCACGUCACGGAAUGGCAGCAGAUCAAGUCAGGGAGGAACGCCGCCAGGCUGUGCUACGUCUCUAGCCAGGAUGGUGGCCAUGCGUGGAGCCGGUUGACUGAUUUGACCAAUCAGGUGAUCGGAGAGGACUUGAGAAAUUGGGCCACCUUCGCCGUGGGACCUGGCCACGGGUUGCAGACGAGCUCUGGGCGUCUGGUGAUUCCAGCUUACACCUAUUACAUUCACAAACGUUGUUUUGGGCGGUCUCUGCUGUGCUGGACCAAGCCGCAUUGCUUCAUUUUCUAUAGUGACGACCUUGGGCAGAAAUGGGUGCAGGGCCAACUGCUCAAGAACUUGAGGACAACCGAGUGCCAAGUUGCAGAAAUCACCUGCCCGGGGAAAAGCGAGGUUCUGUACUGCAGCGCUCGCAGUCCGGACAAGAGCCGCGUCGAGGCCUUCAUCUCAGACCACGGAGAUCGAUUUGAGGAAUCUUCCUUAUGCAAGGAACUUUGCGAGCCGCCCAACGGCUGCCAGGGAAGUGUGGUGAGCUUCUCUCCAACUCCGGAGCCCUCUGAACUGGUGGGCCUGCAUUUUCCCUCAGCCUCCAUUGAGAGCAGCAGGUCGUGCCUGGUUUUCUCCCACCCCACAAACAGGUGCAAGCGAAUCAACCUGGGCAUCUACGUCAACACCUCCCCACUUGACAAGGGCUGCUGGGAGUCUCCCUGGAUGUUAUACGAAGGGCCUUGUGGCUAUUCAGACUUGGCUGUCUGUGAGGAGGGACGCUUGCUACUCUUUGGUUGCUUGUUUGAAUGUGGAGUGUCCAGUGAAUGUGAGGAGAUUGCCUUCCAGCUCUUCACCGAUGCUGAGCUCCUGAGUAACGUGAGGAAAGGGUGUCCAUGCAAUGCUUCUUCUUCUUCAGAAGAGCAAGUGCUCUGA